UCCUGACGUCCUUAGGUGACUCGGACGACUCGGUCAUCGCUGAUUCUCCGCAAAUCCAGUCACGAUCAACACAGUUGCAGCUUACAGCUGAUCGUUCUGGUGUUCCCCUCUGUGACACAGCAGGCUCCGGGGGUUGAAAUGGACGAAUUCGAGAGCCUUCUUCAAAGCUUCUCAGACGCGCUCAAGUCGAAAUGGAAGGAGGUUACCGAGGGCCCUCCGAUCACGGACCAGAUUCAGGCGUUCAUCCACGCCGUUGAUUGGACGGAGCCGUGGAUCAUCGGUCUGCUGUCGUUCCACGCCGUGCUGCUCCUCAUGGUUCUUCUAACACGGCGAUGGCAGAACUUCCAGUUUGUCGUGUUCGCCUUCUGCGCCAUACUGGUGUACCUAGCGGAGCACAUAAACGCAUACGCUGCUCAUCACUGGAAGGCAUUUUCCCGCCAGAACUACUUCGACCAAUACGGGCUCUUUGUGUCGGUGCUCUUCUCCGGCCCGAUUCUUGUCAUCGGGAUUGUCAUUCUGGUACAACUAAUGGUCAGCACGGUAGAAUUGAUGGUGAAGUGGAAGAGAGCGGAGCUCAAGCACAGGGCGAGAAAGGCAGCACAGCAAGAGAGGAGAAAAAAAGAGUAGGUGCUAUCAGCAUGGUGGUCGUCAGUGUUAACGUAGAAACGAAUGAUUACUAGAGGUGGAAACCUAGAACAAAUACUAGUUGGUUGUACUCACUAGAAGCAUACCUCAGUCUAGCCUAUAACUUCUACAUAGAUAAUAUGUAUAAGUUGACACACCCCCUAGGCUAGACAAGGGAAACGAAUGAUUACUAGAGGUGGAAACCUAGAACAAAUACUAGUUGGUUGUACUCACUAGAAGCAUACCUCAGUCUAGCCUAUAACUUCUACAUAGAUAAUAUGUAUAAGUUGACAGUCAGACCUAGAUGUUGCCUUCUCAAACAGAUGGUGAUGGUGCCAGAUGCCUGCAUUGUGCUCUGCAGCUUUGGGAGAUGGUAUUGGAAUGGAUAGUUGUUGUGUUGCCCUGAAUGUUGCCUGCCCAGAUAGCAGGCUCACCGAAAUUAAGGGUGGGUGGGAAAGUCCGCUCAGUUAUACUUUUCGGCCGUUCAUUCUGCCCGUCGGGAGAAUUUGGGCUGCUUAACAUGUACAGUAACGAGGUGAUUCAAACAAGGCAAACAAACAUCUUGAUCUAAAAAUUUGAGAA